ACGAAAACCGCGAAACUGGAAUAGAACUGCGUUUAGAAUUUAGUUUCGAAUUACUGAUACUAAGUUCAUAGUAAAGUUAUAACCGUAUAUUGUACGUUAACAUUUAAGACGCCUGCCUAAAGUGCGUAUAUAAACUUUUAUCAUUCAAUCAAGUUGUAACCGAUUGAUCUUUUUCAUACCAAGAAAAUGGAAGAUAAAACUGCUGAGUAUGGUUUAAUGUUAAAGAUGUUCCCGACAAGCAUAUCUCCGAGUAGAAAAUGUCAUGAAAUAUUUUGGUUAAUCAAACUCCUUGACGUCACAAUGUCCAUGAAGUUUUUCUGUCCCCAUUUUCCGUCUUCACGAGAUAUUAAGUAUAUGGUGAAUUUUACUGGAUUCUUGAAAGCAGUAGAGGCCAAAAUAAAGUCAACAGGCAAAUACGAGGAACCUGUAAAAAAUGCCGAAAUUCAGCGAAAUGUUCUAAUUCUUGCAGAAAUUGAAAAGUUGGAUGUGUUAGUUCCUCCAGACUAUCCUGAUGAGACUCCUAGUACUAUAUCUGAUCUACCAGAGGAUUCAGCUCCGAUCAAAUCCUCCUCGUUUAAGGAUAUUUAUAAAAGUUGGAUUAAAAGUGUAGAAGCUUAUGUUCCGGCGUGGGAAGUAUUAGAAGAAGUAGACCGUGUAUGCUGGGUGCUGGACCCUGAUCCACCAACACCUUUAAAUCUAUACAGACGAAUAGCUGUCGGAUCUUCCAUAUCCCUUCAGAUUGAAAUAGAACCAACUGAUCCAACACAACUUCCACAAAUUAAGUAAAUCACAUAGAUUCAGUAUAU